AUGGCCGUCGAUGACAUUGGAAUCUCGUCUCCAACGUCGUUUUCUUCUUCUUCUUCUUCCUCUUCUUCGGGAUCGUUUCAGAGCCUUUGGAGUGCGAUCCUGGGAUUGCCUUUGGUGGAAGUGGUGGCAAUCUGUGCCAACUUGACACUGUUUAUUGUGUUUGUGUUCGUUUUUUUGGCGAGGAGGGUGCUUGUGUGUGUAGGUGGGGGAGUUAGAUUUGGUAAGGACAAUGGAACUGGCAAUGCCAACCACGGUUGCGAUAGUGUUGAUUUGGAAACACGUGACGUUCGGAUUGGAACGUGGUUCAAGUUUUCGGUGUUGUCUUGUUUCUAUGUUCUGUUAGUGCAAGUUUUGGUGUUGGGGCUUGAUGGGGUUGCUUUGAUUAGAGAAAGAGACAUGGAUUUGGAUUUGGGUUUGGCUCUUCUUUCUGUGCCUUUAGCGCAGGGUUUAGCUUGGAUUGCGUUGAGUUUCUCGGCUUUGCAUUGCAAGUACAAGGCGCGAGAGAGGUUUCCAAUUUUGCUCAGAGCUUGGUGGUUUAUGUUGUUUGUUAUAUGUUUGUGUGGUUUGUAUGUUGAUGGGAGGGGGGUUUGGAUGGAAGGUUCGAAGCACCUGCGUUCUCAUGUUGUGGCGAAUUUCGCGGUCACUCCUGCUCUUGGGUUUCUGUGUAUUGUUGCAAUUAGGGGUGUUACUGGUGUAAAGGUUUGUAGGAUUUCUGAGGAGCAACAACCAUUGCUUGUUGAGGAAGAACCAGGGUGUCUCAAGGUUACUCCAUAUGCUGACGCUGGCCUUUUUAGCUUGGCCACGUUGUCUUGGUUGAAUCCCCUUCUUUCCAUUGGGGCAAAAAGGCCACUUGAGCUUAAGGACAUUCCCCUUGUUGCACCGAAUGACCGAUCCAAGACAAAUUAUAAGGUUUUGAAUUCUAAUUGGGAGAAAUUGAAGGCAGAAAGCACAUCCGGGCAGCCUUCGUUAGCUUUGGCAAUUCUCAAGUCGUUCUGGAAGGAGGCAGCUUGUAAUGGCAUAUUUGCUGGUGUCACCACUCUUGUAUCGUAUGUUGGUCCAUACAUGAUAAGUUACUUUGUUGAUUUCUUGGUUGGCAAAGAGAUUUUCCCACAUGAGGGGUAUGUCCUUGCAGGGAUAUUCUUUGCGGCUAAGCUUGUGGAGACCUUGACUACAAGGCAGUGGUAUCUAGGAGUGGACAUCAUGGGUAUGCAUGUUAGGUCGGCUCUAACUGCAAUGGUGUAUCGAAAGGGAUUAAGGAUAUCAAGCCUGGCCAAGCAAAGUCAUACAAGUGGGGAAAUUGUUAACUACAUGGCUAUUGAUGUUCAGAGGGUGGGGGACUACUCUUGGUAUCUCCAUGACAUGUGGAUGCUUCCUCUGCAGAUUGUUCUUGCCCUUGCAAUUUUGUAUAAGAAUGUUGGAAUUGCCUCUAUUGCAACACUAAUUGCUACAAUAAUUUCCAUUGUCGUCACUGUUCCCGUGGCCAAGAUCCAAGAAGAUUAUCAAGACAGAUUGAUGGCUGCUAAGGAUGAAAGAAUGAGAAAAACAUCUGAGUGCCUGAGGAAUAUGAGGAUUCUCAAACUUCAAGCUUGGGAGGACAGAUAUAGAGUGAAAUUGGAGGAUAUGCGUGGAGUAGAGUUCAAGUGGCUUCGGAAAGCCCUCUAUUCUCAGGCUUUCAUAACUUUUAUAUUCUGGAGCUCUCCGAUAUUUGUUUCAGCAGUCACUUUUGCUACUUCCAUAUUGUUGGGUGGUCAACUGACAGCGGGUGGUGUACUUUCUGCUCUGGCUACUUUCAGGAUCCUUCAAGAACCUUUGAGGAAUUUUCCAGAUUUGGUGUCAACAAUGGCUCAGACAAAAGUUUCUCUUGAUCGGUUAUCUAGUUUCCUUUUGGAGGAAGAAUUGCAGGAAGAUGCUACUAUUACCUUGCCACAAGGCACCACUAAUCUUGCUAUCAAAAUUAAGGAUGGUGCCUUCUGUUGGGACCCUUCAUCUGCUAGGCCUACCCUAUCAGGGAUAAGUAUGAACGUUGAACAAGGGAUGUGCGUGGCUGUUUGUGGUAUGGUUGGUUCUGGGAAAUCAAGUUUUCUGUCUUGCAUCCUUGGAGAAAUUCCUAAGACUUCUGGUGAAGUCAGAGUGUGUGGAUCUGCUGCAUAUGUCUCCCAAUCAGCAUGGAUACAAUCAGGAACUAUAGAAGAAAAUAUCCUCUUUGGAAGCCCAAUGGACAAAGCAAAGUACAAAAAUGUUCUUCAUGCUUGUUCACUGAAAAAGGACCUAGAACUUUUCUCACACGGUGAUCAGACAAUUAUUGGGGAUAGAGGUAUAAACCUGAGUGGUGGGCAGAAGCAGCGGGUUCAGCUUGCACGAGCACUCUACCAAGAUGCUGAUAUCUAUCUUCUUGAUGAUCCCUUCAGUGCAGUUGAUGCUCACACUGGAUCUGACUUGUUUAGGGACUACAUAUUGACAGCACUAGCAGAUAAAACAGUCAUUUAUGUGACCCAUCAAGUUGAAUUUCUUCCUGCUGCUGAUUUGAUACUGGUUCUUAAAGAAGGCUGCAUCAUACAGGCAGGAAAGUAUGAUGAUCUUUUACAAGCAGGAACAGAUUUUAAUACUCUGGUUUCAGCUCACCAUGAAGCCAUAGAGGCUAUGGAUAUCCCUACUCACUCCUCUGAAGAUUCAGAUGAAAAUCUAACUCUGGAGGCAUCUGUUAUGACCAGUAAGAAAUCUAUUUGUUCUGAAAAUGAUAUAGACAGUUUGGCCAAGGAAGUGCAAGAAGGAGCAUCUACUUCAGAUCAAAAAGCAAUUAAGGAGAAGAAGAAAGCAAAGAGAUCGAGAAAGAAACAGCUUGUUCAGGAAGAAGAGAGGAUUAGAGGUAGAGUCAGCAUGAAGGUCUACUUGUCAUACAUGGCAGCUGCAUAUAAAGGCUUGUUAAUUCCACUCAUAAUCCUUGCACAAGCACUAUUUCAGUUCCUUCAGAUUGCUAGCAAUUGGUGGAUGGCUUGGGCUAAUCCUCAAACAGAAGGAGACCUGCCCAAAGUAACUCCCUCAGUUCUUCUUCUUGUUUACAUGGCCCUUGCUUUUGGCAGCUCAUGGUUUAUAUUUGUAAGGGCUGUUCUGGUUGCCACUUUUGGUCUUGCAGCUGCACAGAAGCUAUUUUUGAAAAUGCUUAGAAGUGUUUUCCAUGCACCAAUGUCGUUCUUUGACUCUACACCAGCUGGAAGGAUCUUAAACCGGGUAUCAAUUGAUCAAAGUGUUGUGGAUCUUGACAUUCCUUUUAGACUUGGCGGGUUUGCUUCAACAACAAUACAGCUUAUUGGUAUUGUUGGUGUAAUGACAGAAGUUACAUGGCAAGUUUUACUCUUAGUUGUACCAAUGGCUGUUGCUUGUUUGUGGAUGCAGAAAUACUACAUGGCUUCCUCAAGGGAACUGGUACGUAUUGUUAGCAUCCAGAAGUCUCCAAUUAUACAUCUUUUUGGUGAGUCAAUUGCUGGGGCAUCCACCAUCAGAGGUUUUGGACAAGAAAAAAGGUUCAUGAAGCGAAACCUCUAUCUUCUUGAUUGUUUUGCACGACCAUUCUUCUGCAGUCUUUCUGCAAUUGAGUGGCUUUGCCUGCGAAUGGAGUUGCUGUCAACCUUUGUAUUUGCUUUCUGCAUGGUAUUGCUUGUGAGUUUUCCUCGUGGAAGUAUUGACCCCAGCAUGGCUGGACUUGCUGUGACAUAUGGCCUAAAUUUAAAUGCACGCUUAUCACGGUGGAUACUCAGCUUUUGCAAACUUGAAAAUAAAAUUAUUUCCAUUGAGAGAAUUUAUCAGUACAGCCAAAUUCCUAGUGAGGCACCCACUAUUAUUGAAGAUUCCCGCCCUCCAUCCUCAUGGCCAGAAAAUGGGACAAUAGAAAUAAUUGAUUUGAAGGUCCGUUACAAGGAAAAUCUUCCUUUGGUGCUUCACGGAAUAACAUGCACAUUUCCUGGCGGAAAGAAGAUUGGAAUAGUUGGACGAACUGGCAGUGGAAAAUCUACCUUAAUCCAGGCAUUAUUUCGAUUGAUUGAACCAGAGAGUGGAAGUAUCCUUAUAGACAACAUAAAUAUUUCAGAGAUUGGCCUUCAUGACCUUCGAGGCCAUCUCAGUAUCAUCCCACAAGAUCCAACUUUAUUCGAAGGGACCAUUAGAGGCAAUCUUGAUCCUCUUGAGGAGCACUCAGAUAAAGAGAUUUGGGAGGCUCUUGACAAGUCUCAGCUUGGCGAGGUUAUCCGUGAGAAAGGACAACAGCUUGAUACACCUGUUCUAGAAAAUGGAGAUAAUUGGAGUGUAGGACAGCGACAACUUGUUGCUCUGGGCCGAGCACUGCUGCAGCAGUCAAGAAUACUUGUACUGGAUGAAGCAACAGCAUCAGUUGAUACUGCCACAGAUAAUCUUAUCCAGAAGAUUAUCCGAAAAGAGUUCAAGGACUGCACUGUCUGCACCAUUGCACACCGUAUACCUACCGUCAUCGACAGUGAUCAAGUUCUUGUGCUCAGUGAUGGUCGAGUUGCAGAGUUUGACACCCCUUCAAGACUAUUAGAGGACAAAUCAUCCAUGUUUCUAAAAUUGGUGACUGAGUAUUCAUCACGUUCGAGUGGAGAUCGAACAUUGGGUUCCUUCAGCCAGAGGAAACCUUUGGAUUCAAUCUUAACUUUGACAAAACUGAAAAAUCAAAGCCAUGCUCUAGCAGAAACAAUCAUAUUUCCCAUAGCAGCAGACUCUGUAACUAGUGAUGACUCUUUCAUGGAUUCAAAAUUCAAGCAUGACCCCUUUGAAUACAUCAACUUGGAUGGCAAAAACGUGGGUGCCACAAUGCACUUGCAUAAUAGAAGCACAAAGGGUGACCCAAAAGAUUGCUGUUGCAUCAACAUUUAUGUGAACAACAAUGUUCAAGGUGUCUCCAAUUCUGUGUUGCAUGGUAGUGAGGGUUUGGAUGACCGGGCGGAGUUCAAUCGGGAUCGGAAUCGGGCUCCAAUGAGACGGCGUCCCGUGGCGGCCUUUCUCCCCGACCAGAUGGAGAAAACCUCCACCAGGAACCAUAAUUCCCGCCUGUGCUUCCUCGCAUCACUCUCCGCAUUCUUCUGGUUUCUCCUCCUCUACUUCCACUUUGCCGUUCUCGGAAACCAAUCCCCCAAACCAAUCACCCCUCUCCCCGUCACCUUCCAACAGCCUCGCAAAAACCUCGGCUCCCAAACCCUAACCCAAACCCAAACCCAAACCCCUCCGCCACCCUCCUUCCCUUUUGCGCGUGCCCUUCGCACCGCCCUCAACAAGACCGACAAGUGCGGAGGCCGCUACAUCUACGUCCACGACCUCCCCUCACGCUUCAACGAGGACAUGUUGAAGGAGUGCAGAACGCUUUCUCUGUGGACCAACAUGUGCAAGUUCACCACCAACGCCGGCCUCGGCCCCCCCUUGGAAAACGUUAAAGGCGUCUUCUCCGACACUGGCUGGUACGCCACCAAUCAGUUCGCCGUUGACGUCAUCUUCAGCAACCGGAUGAAGCAGUACGACUGCCUCACCCGCGACCCUUCCCUUGCCGCUGCGUUCUUCGUCCCCUUCUAUGCGGGCUUCGAUAUCGCGCGCUACCUUUGGGGCUAUAACAUCUCCGUCAGAGACUCUGCGUCGCUUGAGCUCGUGGACUGGCUCAUGAAGAGGCCCGAGUGGAAGAUCAUGAACGGGAGGGACCAUUUUCUUGUGGCGGGGAGGAUCACGUGGGAUUUUAGAAGACUCUCUGAGGACGAAUCGGAUUGGGGCAACAAGCUUUUGUUUCUGCCUGCGGCGCGGAACAUGUCCAUGCUUGUGGUGGAGUCGAGUCCCUGGAAUGCGAAUGACUUUGGGAUUCCUUAUCCCACUUAUUUUCACCCUGCCAAGGAUGAUGAUGUGUUCAUUUGGCAGGAGAGGAUGCGGAAGUUGGAGAGGAAGUGGUUGUUUUCUUUUGCUGGUGCGCCCCGGCCGGAUAACCCGAAAUCUAUUCGGGGCCAGAUCAUUGAGCAGUGUAGGAGAUCCAAGGUGGGGAAGUUGUUGGAGUGUGAUUUUGGGGAGAGUAAGUGUCAUUCCCCCAGCAGCAUAAUGCAGAUGUUUCAAGGGUCACUUUUCUGCCUUCAGCCUCAAGGGGAUUCCUAUACCCGAAGAUCUGCUUUUGAUUCAAUGCUGGCUGGGUGUAUACCUGUAUUUUUUCAUCCGGGUUCGGCUUACACACAAUACACUUGGCAUCUGCCUAAGAAUUAUACUAAGUAUUCUGUCUUCAUUCCGGAGGACGAUAUUCGGAAGAGGAAUGUUAGUAUAGAAGAGAGGCUUAGUCAGAUUCCUGAGGAGGAAGUGAGGAUCAUGAGGGAGGAGGUCAUUAGCUUGAUCCCUAGAUUGGUGUACGCGGAUCCUCGAUCCAAACUUGAGACUCUUCAGGAUGCGUUUGAUGUUUCGGUGCAGGCUGUGAUUGACAAGGUUACCAAUUUGAGGAAGGACAUCAUGGAAGGCCGCACUGAUGAGAAUUUCAUUGAGGAGAAUAGUUGGAAGUAUGCGUUGUUGGAUGAGGGACAGCGCGAGGUUGGACCUCAUGAAUGGGAUCCCUUCUUUUCUAAACCCAAGGACGGAAAUGCGGAUUCCAAUGAUUUGUCUGCUGAGGCUGCAAAGAAUUCUUGGAAAAAUGAGCAAAGAGAUAGGUCGUGA